UCAAAAUGGCGGCCUUUUCGUUCUACGCAUGGUACUCCAGUUUAUUUGCAGUUUCUAUGGGCAUUUUCCUUCAAUUCAACACAAAACAGUCACAACCGUAUAUGGAUGAGAUCUUCCAUGUCCCCCAAGUUCAGAAAUACUGCGAUUACAAGUUCGAUGAGUGGGAUCCAAAGAUAACAACAUUGCCAGGAUUGUAUUUAAUUUCCUUCGCGUGUUUGCGAGCUUUGGCGUUUCUCGUCGGACACGAACUACGUGUUGUGUGUUCGACGUUUUUUCUACGGAUGGUGAACACUUUGUUUCUGAUGGGUAAUGUGUGGCUUCUGAGGCAGAUCCUGUUUCGUCUUCACUGCGACAAAACCCGACAGUCACGCAAGGGAGAUAAACCCACGGCAGAGGAGAAAACUUCACCCACGAAAUGUUCUGUGACAGCUUUGGUCUUGGCCUUAUUUCCUUUGCUGUAUUUCUUUACAUUCCUCUACUACACGGAUUCAAGUUCAACCUUCUUUGUUCUUCUCUUAUAUUACCUCAGCCUUCGUGGAAACCAUUUCAUUGCAGCCUUUAUUGGUGCAGCAUCAAUUGUCGUCCGUCAAACUAAUGUCAUAUGGGUUGUGUUCACAGCUGGAGUAACCACAAUAGAAACUUUACAACCAGCUGGGAAAGAAACAGCUUCCUCAACCUUUGUCACAGAACUAAAGGAAUAUAUCACAUCAUUUUACAACAACUUCUUCAAGGUUUUCAAAUGUCUCUGGGCGUAUGGUAUAGUUGUAGCAUGUUUUGCUUUUUUUGUGGUCAUAAAUGGUGGAAUUGUAGUUGGCGACAAGAGUCAACAUCAGGCGCGCUUAAAUUUCCCACAGUUGUUUUACUUACUGACUUUUACCCUUGCCUUCAGCAGCUCACAGCUACUUUUGCCUCAAGACGUUGCAAACUAUUUGAAAACCUUUCAAAACACUGUUAAAAAACCAUUGUAUAUCAUAGGGUUGCUUUUAGCUGCUUUAUCCAUGAUUUUAAUCAUUUACAAAUUUACAUAUGUGCAUGAGUACCUCCUAGCUGACAAUCGGCACUACCCAUUCUACAUUUGGCGUAAAGUGUAUGCAAGGCAUUGGUUAGUGAAAUAUGCCCUUGUACCUUUGUAUAUAUUUUCAGCAUACUGCAUCCACCGACAGCUAUCUCUAACACAACCAAGGACAUGGCUAGCUAUGUUCUACGUUUGUGUUUCCAUAGUUACUGUCCCACAAAAACUGUUGGAGUUUCGAUACUUUAUUAUCCCAUAUAUUUUCUAUCGGCUUCACAGUCCACUAGGGUCUUAUACAAGACUUGCAUUAGAAUGCACUUUAUAUGCAGCUGUGAAUGCAAUUACUUUCUAUUUGUUCUUAGAAAAACCAUUCCAUUGGGCUCACAGUCCUAAGGCAGUUCAAAGGUUUAUGUGGUAGUCAAGCAAUCAAAUUAAAAUGAAGAUUAUUAUUUGUACCUCUGUAAACAUGCAGGCUUGGAAAUUCAAAACUGUGCUAGUUGGCUCAUUUGUUAACCCUUUGGCUCCCAGAAGUGAUAAUUACACAACUUCUCCUCAGAAUAUCCAUACAUUGUCUAGUAAAUAGGUAAUGAGAAUACUCAAACUUAUCAGUUAGAAAUUGUUACCUUAUAACACCAAAUUCUUGUAACUAAUUUGUAAAGGUCAUAACAUGAUUUUAAGUGCAAUUUGGUGUUGAUAAGCACAAGUAAACAAUUUUUCAGCCAACAAAAUUGCAUGAGCCUCUAGGGUGAGUGCAAUUUGAAGUCUUUGAAACAUUUGCAGGCAAAAUUAGAGAAAAUCAUGUUGUCACAGAUUACCUGUGGGUAAAUGGCUGGAAAUUAUGGUAUUAAUUGACAUGAGUAAGGCAUCACAGAUGUCUAGACAGAUGAAAUUUUGGCUGUGCUGGCACUAUGUAAUUUGCCUUUAUGUUACAAAUUUGCACUCGUGUUACAUGAAAAAUGCACUCAUUUUCAGUCAAUCAGACAUGCAUAAUUUUUUGGUGUAUUAUUAGCAAGGAAAUGUGUAGCAGCAAAAGGGGAGAAGUAAAGAUCAGGACUGGGAGUUUAAGAGUUUAUCUCCAAAAUUACAAAAGAUUUAAAAGCUUUCUAUGUCACAGAAGUAGUGGAGUGUAAAUUUAUAGUGUGCUCAUUACAGCAGUUGCUAACUUUUCAUAAUUAAAGUUUUGAAUCAUGUACCGUGUUAAGAAUGUACACUUAAUUAUUAUAAUCUCAACGCGAGGCAAAUUCAAUGGUAUUUCCAUAUGGUUAAGAAAUAAUGUCAAGACAAAAUCUAGUUAGUAACUCCAACAAAACAAACUAUAUGUAAUACAUACUGUUUGCCAAGAAACACUCAUGUACAAGUUACAUUCAUUGUGUUUGACAAUCAGUAAGGUGACUUCCCUGGAUAACCUGUGAAAAAAAUUUCACAGGUGUUAAUUUCUUUACUUUUAAUUUCUAAAGAAUUUUCAUUGUGCUCUGAUUGUUUUAUUUGAAAAUCUGGUCUUCCUCUUGAUUCUGGGCUUUAAAUGCCAGCCAUACUCCCACGUUGUAUGACAUCUUCAUAUGUCAAUAAGAUUUCCCUGCAAAAGAAUAAGAGAAAUGAACAUGUGCAUGUAAGCUGUUGAUUACUGGUAAGAAUAUAAGGAGAACUAAUAAAUAUCUUAAUAAGAAUGAA